AUGCAGCUUCUCGCCCACCUCCCUCUCCUCUCUCUGCUGGCCACAGCUGCCAACGGCCUGCAACUUCUCCAGUACGACAUCCCCGACGAGCUGCUGGCCCUUUUUGGAGCGGGCAACCCUGAUCCGGUGGCAUCUGCCUCUGCGGCCGCACCGACCGGCACUGGCUCGGCGUUUUCCUCUUCGUCCCAUUCUUCUGCUCCGUCCUCGUCCUCGUCAUCCUCGUCUUGCUACUACCCAGCCACCUUUACCCUCGACAACCUUACGACCUGGUCGCCGGCGGCCAACACUUCCCAGUCCUACGUGUCUUUCCUCUACAUCGACAGCGGAACCAAAAUCACGACGCCCUGCUCCUACAAUGCCUCGUCGCAGUCGCUGACCGUCGGCACCAGCCUGACCCCACGAUAUGCCUGCGACGACAGCACCGUUUCGUUCAUCUGGCAAAAGGGCAAGAUCACCGCCAUCGAGGCAACAUGUCCCGGCCAGACUGCAACAAAGUUCGAGGCGUCUGGGUCCCUCGUGCCCCGCGGCCUACAGUGCUCCAAGACGAAUAGCACCGACGACACAGGUCUGAGCCAGGGCGCCGGCACCAUCUGCGUUGCAUCGGGCUCGCUGUCGGGCAACUUUACGAGCCAGGAGCCGAGCCCGUUGCAGAACUAG